GCGAUGCUGCCAACCACCUAGGGUUUCACCAGAGAGAGAGCAAAGGGGAUCGGGAGUCAGUUAUGUGCCGCCGCCUGCCGUGCACCGAUCGCCUCCCUCGCGCUGUCGCAAUUGCCGUCGAAUGAGGAUCCAGUGCUGCUUGCGGAGAGGCGACAAAAUAAGCAGCUCCCGCGCUUUGGGAGCUGUAGUCCCCAAUCGAAGCAGCAGCUCUUUUGGGAGCGGCGGUCCGCAAGCAACCGGCAAUCGAAGCAAUCAAGCGGCUCCGCUCCGAGCUGCAACCGGCAAUCGAAGCAAUCAAGCGGCUCCUCUCCGAGCAGCAGUCCUCAAUCGAAGCGGCUCCCUUCUUUAGCGGCAAUCCGGAGUCAAAGCAGUCCUUCCCGGAUUACAUACAAUCAGAAACAGGCCCUUUUUCAAAUUCAGUCUCCGAGUUUCCAUUGGUGUCGGGAACCCAGCAGCUAAUAUAUAUCUGGCCGGGUACCCGCCAAUCUUCGGAAGAGACCAAUUCUUGUCGCGGCAACUCGUGAGCCUUCAUCAGCUUCCAAAUUCACGGUGACCAAUCCUUCUCGGGCCUCGGCGGAUCUACGAGGGAGCCAUGGGGAAAGGCAAUAAAGUUGAUAGGCUCAGCGCGUUGCCUGAUGACAUUCUGGUCGACAUUCUUGACCGACUCAAUGUACCCGAGGCUGCAAGAACCAGCAUCCUCUCAAGACGGUGGAGUCAGCUCUGCGCCAAGCUCUCUCGGCUUAUAAUAAGUGCUCUGGACUUCCUGCCCGAGGGUGUGUCACGCAGCAGUGCCGACAUCUCUGACGAUGAAUUGGUUCGGAUCAAUGAAGCUGUGGUUCAAGCGACAAAUAGCGUACUGGCGCGCAGAAAUCCAGGUGAACACACCAUCGACCUUCUGUCUACGACGUUCCACUUGAGAGAUGAUCUCCCCAUAUCCAUGGGGCAUGCUGUUGGUCAUGCCAUAGCGACACACUCGGUCAAGAAUGCCAAAUUUUGUGUUAGGACAAGGAAGGAUGACGCCGCUGAAAUUGAUGAUGAUGAAGAAAUGGUCAUCUGGGCGAGAGAAUUCAUGUUGUUCUUUGAUGCCUGUCCAAUUGCAUUUGGUGGUCUCACUACUCUCAACAUAGGCAAUUUCAGAUUUGGUGAAUCAGACAUAUCCAGCAUCCUCACCACUUGCAAGCGGCUGAAGCAUAUGCACUUGUACAAUUGUGACUCUGGUGAUUGUAGCACUCUGCAAGUUGAACAUGCUAAUCUCAGUGAGCUUUGUAUCAUGGAUUGUCGUCUUGAGCAAGUAAAGCUGAACUGGCUCCCUCAACUCACACGGAUAGUCUUUGACGGUUGGAUAGAUUUCCAAGAUCCACUGGUUCUUGGUCUUGUUCCUUUGCUCGAGUCUGUAAGCCUCACAAAUAUUGCUAUCAGUGUCAACAAGAUGGUCAGGUUAAGUUGGUUUCUUAGCAGUACCUCUGUACGAGUUCUGAAGUUGGGGUUUAGUUCUGAAAAGAUUUGGGUGCAGCCAGAAUGUCCAACGCAAGGUCUGGCAUCUGUGUUCCGCCAACUAAGGUUUGUCAACCUAGUUAAACUUCCUGAAGGGUAUGAUCUCACCUGGACAAUGUUUAUUCUUGAAGCUGCACCCUUACUGAAGGAGCUAUACAUGACAGUCUGGGAUGAUUUGUGUUCAAUGGAAUUGGACGAGGAGAAGAGAAAAAAUGGAUCGUAUAGUGAGAACAAGGGCGUAGAAUGGGGCUCGGCCGCAGCUGAUUUCCAACACCACAGUUUGGUCACACUCGUCAUCUUUGGCUUUGAAUCUGAAGAUUAUGCUGUUAAUUAUGUCAGACGUGUUAUGGUGGCGGCAGUCAAUCUAGAGGAUGUGUUCCUCUAUAGUAGGUUGGAGUUGGAGUGUGGCGACUGCCAGGACAAGAAGCCCACUAGGUUCGCCUGGACGAAAAGGCAGAAGAUUUCACUGAAGAAGAGAAUCACCGCGGGGAUUGAGUCGUUUGCCAUAAUCCACUCCAACAAGACAAUACGAGCUGACCAUGAAGCAAAACUGUUUUACCCACAGUGCUCACACUUUGACACAACAAGUGGUUGAAUUAACGGUGUACUGUAUUAUCAACAGUGGUUGCUUUGAACUUUUGUAAGUGUUUUGUUAGUACCUUGGUUAUUAAGAGUUAUCAUUUUCUUUUGGCCGUCUGAACUGUAUUGUUGGUUGUGUUAUUAUGACGAAAGGAUGAUGAGUACUGAAUGAUUGAAUUCUUAUAAAGUUAUAAGAGGGGACAUUUUGGCCAA